CCCCACGGGGCCCCAUUACCCAAUUCAACCUACCGCGCCAGGACAACAAAGUCUUUGUCGUCACAGGCGGCUCUUCCGGGCGCUCGAAAGAGAACGCCGAUGCUGCGAUAGCUCGUAUCAAGGCGCACUACCAGGGGCAGGAAGACAGCGGACGAUUCGGCAGUCUUGAGUUCAUACACAUGGACCUAGAAGACUUCAGCACGAUCAAGUCAGCGACUUAGGAGUUUCUACAGCGUCAAGGUCCCCAGGGGCGUCUUGAUGUGCUGUUCAACAAUGCGGGCACCGGAGGCCGCAAAAACGCACCCGCGGGACGCCAAGGCCAUGAGUAUCAUAUAACCACUAAUGCUAUGGGCGCUUUCUUACUCACCAAGCUACCUCUCACGCCCAUCUUGUCAAAGACAGCCUCAAGCAGCCCCUUAACUCGUGGCAAUGUUCGAGUCGUCUGGCCCGCAUCUAUUCUCGUGGACACGACCAGCCCUAAAUCCGGGAUACGUAUGGACUACCUCGAAAACCCCGCAAUGACCAAGAACAUAGAUUAUAUCGAACUCUACACCAUGUCCAGAACGGCGACCUGGUUUCUGGCCUCCGAGUUCGCCCGCCGCGAGGGCACCAACAGCGGUGUCCUCCACAUUGCGGGAAACCCAGGGACGUAUAUUACAAGCAUGUGGCAGUACACGCCAACCCUACUGUACUGGCUCGUCCGGCCGCUUCUCCGCAGCCCGGUGCCUCACGGGGCGGACACGUACCUGUAGAUGGGCUUCUCGGAAGCUGUAACUCUUGAUGACGCCGCCGCGGGACGAUACGCGAUGUGCGACGGGCGGUGGCAUCCGGCGCAGAGGGAAGACUUGAAGCUAGCUUCAGCUUCUUACUUAAAUCCAAUAAUUAUUUAGUCUAGUUGGUGCUAAAUCAAAUCAAACUAUCUCAGGUUGUAAGGAAGUAAACCAGCCCACCGACUUACUACAUAGCCUAUAUGACGAAAUCAUACUAGAAGUAAUUGUUAAUGGAACGAAU